GCCGUCAAAACGAUAAAACCACACGCAGAGGGCGCUGUUGUCCAUCUGAUUACACUCUCUGCAGCAAACGUCAAACUUCUUGCUCGAUUCAAAACAUUGAAAACAUUUUAGUAGUUUUUUCCUGAAUUCGCAGGGUUUUCGUUAAUUUUUAUCUAGUUGAGUGGUAGAACUAUUAAUUUAGUGCAAUUUUUCAAUAUUUGUCGGCAUGCGGGAUGCUCAGAAGUGCGUUAUUCCCGCGUGCGAAAAUCGUUCCUUUGUGGGUUGUCAGGUUAGUUUUUUCCCCGUUCCGACAACUGGACAUAAAGUGUAUCGUCGGUGGACAAAUUUCAUGAUCCUCUCCGGAGACCGCAACGAAAAAAUCUGCAGUAAGCAUUUCAUCGAGAGCGAUUUCAUUCAAAAAACACGGAGCAAACUGAAACCGGAUGCCGUUCCGUCUGUUAAGAUCCCUGUCGGUGGUGUGAGAACAGACCGGGGCAAUGCGUGCUGUAUCCGGCAAUGUAGGCCACCUAAAAGGAAAGCAAUCAUGCACUGUUUCCCGGGACGAAAACCAUUGAGGCGGCGGUGGAAAAUUGCUGUUGGGAUGAAAGACUCCGAUGAUCCGACAGGCCUCCGGAUUUGCAGUCGCCAUUUCAAAACAACAGACUUCAUCAAAGUUUUCUAAGGUCUGAGUAAUCAAAAAGAGAGCGUGAUACUUCAUGUGAUUCAUGCGAAUUAGCUUACUGUUAUUGACCGAACGUUGCAACUAGGGCAAGAACCUGCAUCAUAGUGGGCGUUCAAGCACUUGCUUACUAGUCCGCGGUUGGAAAGUGGUCCUCGGAAGGGCGAGGCAGGUGGAGGCCACAUGUCGGCACGUUCUUCUGUGUACUGGCCCUUACUUUCGAGAAGGUCAGAUCGCUGUGCAUGCGGUAUCAGUAUCAGUUCAUGAUACUUGCUGUGCAGUUGGAUGCAGUCGUGGUGUCGACCCUACCUGUCUUCCGAGAAAAAAGGGAAUGAUAAGGUCAUUAUCUUAAAUCCAAUAAAUUAAUGACAAAACAUUGAACAAAAUAAAUGUUUAGAGUUAGAAAUCAUUGAAAUCCUUUGUUGAUUGUCUAACCUGAGUUCUUAAGAUCGCUGCAAAAUUUGUGAUCAAAUAAAACAUAGAGUCUGGGACCUUUUCGGCAAGCCUAAUUUUGCUCAGUCAAUUUUGAAUUGACUUGAAUUUUUGUACAUGGCUAGCUACUAUACGUAUCUGACAUUGCCCCAAAUAUUAAGUAAAUCGGUUGAAAAUUGACAGUUUUAGUAGCUGGUGCCCAAAAUAGGUGGCCCUGCCUAAAUGGUCUUAGACCCGACAUGUAUGUAGUAUUUCAUUAUUGCAGUAAUAAAACAAAAUCAACCAUUCAUCUCCCCAACAUUCGGUUCGUGGCUGCAGUCCUCCACCGUAUCCAACAUUUGCCAGUUCGUCCUGAGCCUGAUCCGCCCAACUUGCACGUUUACCUACAGGUCUUCUUAUAGCAUCCACAUCUCUUGCAAACACCAGCUUUGCAGGAUUAUGGUCCGGCAUUUUCACGACAUGCCCUGCCCAUCUUAUCCUGCCUGCUUUUGCGACCUUCCGGAUGCUCGGUUCGCCGUAAAGUGCAGCAAGUUCGUGGUUUAUAUUAUUUAUAUAUUAACCCUAAAAGGGAUACCUUCAUGGCCUCAGUUUCGUCACCUCGCUGAGUGUGAUCCAUAAAAGACGAGCUCUGAAAGGCUACUAUUGUUGUAUUAUUUGUAUUAAACAUUUAUUUUGUGUGAUGGACCAAAAGUUCUAGAAAAUAUUGUGGAUUUCGCAUCUACUGGAUUGGUUUCCAAAAUAGCAUCAUGGAUCAUAGACUAAACUACCAGAAAUGCCAGACACCUUCUAGAAUCUUGUGUGAAAUUUUUAAAAAAUAGCUUACAUAUUCUGGAAUAUUGUAUCUUUUGUUAACUGCCAAAAGAUCUUGAAUCGAUGAACUAAUGGAUAAGAAAAUCAGCGAGAUACACUUUGUCUAAUAUCUCUUAAUUAGUCGAAUAAAUUAGCUCCGAAGUACCUGGUAUUCAUGGUUAUGGUGUAAAAAGGACAAAAAUAAUAUAUCUACUAAAACGGGAAAACCGGGAAAAAGGCGGGAAUUUGGAACGACCGGGAAAAAGCCGGUGAGAUGAUUACCGGGAAAAUGAUUGUUGAGAGAAAAUUGCUGAACGAUAUCGAUAUCUGUAUUAGCAAGCUAAUUUCAAAUGAUCGA